AAUAAAAAAAAAAAAUUUAUAUGAAGUUUUAAAAAAAGAAAACAAUAUUUCCGAAAAACUGCAAAUUUCCAAAAUGAAGUUAAUUUUUGGAUAUUUAAUAUUUGUGAUAUAUUUUGUUAAUUUAUCAAAAACCUAUAAUACAGAAUAUCGACGACAUUAUUCAUAUGAAUCGAAACCACAACAAUUAUGUUGUACUGGCGGAAUAACAUUAUCAUUAUGGGCACAUUCACAUUAUAAGGAUGUUAGAACUGUUGCAAAUAUUAUGCGUCAACAAUAUUUUAUAUUGACGCAAGGUGGCCAACAAUCAUCAAUUUCAACUCAUACUUAUCCUACUUACGGUGGUAAAACUGAAGAAGAAAUGAGUCUCAUUAUUAGACAACAUGUAGAAUAUAUUAUAAAAGAAGUUCAGAGUGGUCGUUUAACACAGAAUCAUGUUACUCAAACAAAUUUCUUUGAACAAGAAGCAUCUAAUCUUUUGGAACGUUUAGAAAAUGAACAAAAGCAAGCAUUUUCAACUGAUCAAGUUGAAACACUUGAUAAUUUCAAUAAUGUUCAUCAUAUUUCAUAUCCAACAGAAGUACAUACAAUUGGUGAUCAAACAUAUAUAAUGAAAAAGAAUUGUACAACAACUACAACAAAUAAUGCACCACCUAUAACUAUUAUAAGUGGCAAUGAAAGAGAAACAUAUAAUGAAGGUACAAGAAAUACUAAUCAUGUAACAGUACAUCAAAUUAAUCCAUAUUUACAAAGCUCAUCAAGACAUAGUAUUUAUAAUUACAUUAAUAGAAAAGAGUCUCAAGUACCAAAUUGGACACCACAGGUUAUUGUAAAUGAAGAGACAAGUAAUCAAUAUAAUAAUAUAAGAACAAAUUCACCAGCUGUUGUUAUUCCUGUUGCAUCAAAUUUAGAAUCACAAGUUGAGAAUUUUAAUACACAAAAUACUCAUCAUACAAAUUAUCAACCAAGUUAUUUCAAUACAGAAUCAUUUAAUUUAGAAAAUUCACAAGCAAUGGGACAAUCUCAUAUAAAUGCUUUCCAACCUGGUGGUCAUUCAACAGUUACUAUAAAACAAUUUAAUAGAACUGUAACAACUGGAAAUGAUGGUAGACCAAUUGUUGCGGGAGGUGAACGUGAAACAAUGAUUGAAAAUGGUAAAGUUGUUUAUAAUAAUUAUCGACCAUUUGGCAGUGUACAUGAACAUCAUAUGGAAGAAGAAAGUUGGAUGAAAAAUGAAAGAGAAAAACUGUUUUGGCUCUUCCAAAAUCAAAUUCUUUCAAAUACUGAACUUAAAAGAUGGCAAGCCGAACAAGAAGAUAGAUUACAUCAAUUGGCUUACAGUUAUAAUACAACAAUUGAAGAAAUUGAAGAAUGGCAACGUCGUGAACUUGAACGUUUUAAUGCAUUUGUUCAAGAGCAAACUAUAAUGACAGAAAAUUUAGAAGAGUGGCAGAGGAAAGAAAAAGCAAGACUACGAUGGUUAAUAGAACAAAAUUCUUUGACCGCAAAAGAACUUGAAAGUUGGCAAAGGAAAAAUCAAGAUUUGCUUAACUUAUUGGCCUCAGAAUAUAGAAUUUCAAUUUCUCAGCUUAAAGAGUGGCAAAAAAAGCAGCUUGAUCAAGUUUAUGAUGCGAUAAAUGUGCAAACUACUGAACUAGAUACACUCAAACAAUGGCAGAAUCAAGAACGGGACCGUUUAUAUUCUGUGAUAAGGCAACACAAUGUAACUGUAGAAGAACUUCAGGAGCAAAUAAGAAGAGAUCAAGAUCGCUUAAAAGAUCUUUCACAGCAGUAUCACGUUAAUAUUGCUGAAAUGGAAAAGUGGCUUAAGAAUGAACUGCAUCGCUUAACAACAAUCGUAAAUCAACAACAAGAAGAAAUCAAAAGAUUAACUGAAUGGCAAAGGCAGGAACGUCUACGCUUAGAACAUAUUACACAACAACACAACUUAACUGUUGAAGAACUAACAGAACAGUUAAGACAUGACAAGAAUUAUUUGAACAAUCUUGCCCAUAAAUAUCACGUAUCAAUUGAAGAGCUUGAAGAAUGGCAACGUAAAGAAAUUGAUCGUUUAAGAAAUAUUGGCACUAUUACAAUUGAAAAUCAACUUAAAGAAUGGCAACAAAGAGAACGAGAUCGUCUUAUGGUGAUUGCUCAACAGAAUGAUUACACAAUUGAAGAAUUUGAGAAGAAAAUUAAAGAAGACCGCAUUAAACUUCAACGUUUAGCCGAACAAUAUCAAGUACGAGUUGAAGAAGUUGAAGAUUGGAUUAAAAAGGAAAGUGGUCGCCUUCAUUCGCAAGGUCUCUUAAAAAGUGUUGAAGAAGAAUUAAAUGAAUGGCAAAAACGUGAACGUGAUCGUUUAUUAUUAAUUGUUAAACAAAAUGAAGUUAAUGUUGAGGAAUUAGAAAGAAGAAUUAAGAGUGAUAAUCAACAUUUACAUAAUUUAGCAAUGCAAUACCAAAUACAAGUACGUGAAAUUGAAGAAUGGAUUAAAAAAGAAGUUGAACGUUUAAAAUCGCAAGGAUUAGUGAAAAUUGAGAACCUUGAAGAAUGGCAAAAAGUUGAACGUAAUAGACUGAAUAAUUUUAUUGUACAAAAUCAAUUAACUAUAGAAGAAUUCGAACAAUCUAUUCUAAAGGAUAGAAGUCGUUUACAAAACUUAGCAUUCCAAUAUCAUGUUCAAUUGGAAGAACUUGAAAACUUUAUAAGAAAUGAAAUAAAUCGAUUGAAAAUACAAAAUACUGAGAGUAUUGGUGAGCUUAAAAAAUGGCAGGAACAUGAACGUCAUAAUUUAGAACAAAUUGUUUUGCAAAAUCAUUUGACUUUAGAAGAAUUAAAAAAACAAACUAUCGAAGACAGACAAUUUCUACAAAAUUUGGCAGUUCAAUACCACACAAACAUGAAAGAAAUCGAACAGUUUAUUAUAUCAGAAAUUAAUAGAUUACAUAGUUUAGGAUUUGUUAAAGUCACUGAAGAAAUAGUUGAAGAAGAAGAAACAUUAACCGAUUGGCAAGAACAAGAACGUCAAAAUUUAUAUGCACUUGUUACACAGAAUCACAUAUCAAUUGAAGAAUUAGAACAAAAAAUCAAAAACGAUCGAUAUCGAUUGGAAAAACUUGCCUAUCAAUAUCAUAUAACUGUAGAAGAAAUUGAGGAAUGGUUCAAAAAAGAACUCGAACGUUUGUUACAACAGAAUCUGAUUUACCAAACUGAAAUUCUUUUAGAUUGGCAAAAAAAAGAACGUGAAUAUAUACAAAAAAUACUUAAUCAACAAGCAUGGACUUACGAGGAACUUGAACAUAAACUAAAAUAUAACCAGGAAAGACUAAAAACUUUAGCCUUAGAAUAUCACAUCACAAUACAACAACUGAUUGAUUGGUAUACUGAAGAGCUUAAUAGAUUAAGAAGUAUUGGAGCAAUACUUAGUGAGAACCUUAUUGAAUGGCAGCGUUUGGAGAGAGAUCGAUUAUAUCACAUUGUUACACAUCACACAUAUACUAUUCAACAAUUAGAAAGACUUUUAUGGGAAACUGAAGACAAUUUAAUACGCCUUGCACAAAAUUAUCAAACAUCUGUUAUUGAGUUAAGAGAAUUCCAAAAGAAAGAACUUGAACGAUUAUUAAGUUUAGGAUUGAUUUCAAGUUUAAAUACUGGUGAAUUAUUUGAUUGGCAGAAACAGGAACGAAGACGAUUAAAUUUAAUUGUAAAAGAAUUCAUAAUAAGCGAAGAAGAAUUUUCAGAAUAUUUACGAUAUGAUAGAGAAUUUCAUUCUGAACUUGCCAAAAAAUAUGGUAUAUCUUUAGAAAUUUUGGAAGCUUGGCAUCUAGAAGAAAUAAAACGUUUACAUGAUGAAGGUAAAUUCGAUACCACAAUUUUAAUAAACUUAACAUAUUGGCAGAAACGUGAACGCGACCGCUUGUAUAUGCUAAUAAGAAAUCAACAAAUAACUAUUAAUGAUCUAAUUAAAUGGCAAAGUGAUUUACAAAAUCUUCAAAAUAUUGCAAAUCAGUAUAGUAUACAUGUAGAAGAGCUUAGAAGAUGGCAAAUUAAAGAAUUAAAUCGGCUAUAUAAAUUAGCAAGAUACUAUCGUAUGUCUAUUACGGAAUUAGCUGAAUUCCGUCAAAGUGAAUUAAAUCGUUUAAGAAUGUUGGCACAUAGUGUUAGUAUCGCUAAUGAUGAAUAUGCUGCAUGGCUUGAACAAGAAAAACAUCGUUUCCAAUUAUUAUCAGAACGUUAUAGAUUAUCUUUAGUGGCAUUAGAUAAUUGGAGAAGAAUACUAUUUUUACUUUGUCAAGGUUUAUUACAUAGAAAUUAUGAUCUUGAAGGUGGUCAAUUACUUGAUCAAAAAUAUAAUGUAACUGGAAAACAUAAUAUAUCAAUUAGUUAUGAUCGUGGUGAUCAGCCACCAAAUCUUUAUUUAGAAGAUUAUGAUGAACAAGAACCCUAUAUUUAUGGGCAAAAACCAACUGUUGGACCAGUUCAAGAAAGAGAACCAACAACUGCUCGACCUAUAUAUAGACCAAUGCAACCAUCAGCACAAAUAAGAAAUCCACCACCAGCACCACCAGUUCCGAUUCCGACUGGUAUAACUGACACUUAUACACGUACACAUCGUAAAAAAGUAACAACACAAACAUAUACAGUUCCAGUUCUAAUGCAUGAAAAUCAAGGAAUAACAGCAGGAAAUUCUUAUAAUUAUAAUUCUAAUUUACCUGUUGGAGCAAAUAUAUAUCAUGAUAAUCAACAUAAUUAUAGAAAUAAUCCAGAUAGAGCAGCUAGAUCAUCAUCUUUAGAGAAUAAUAAAAAUAAUGAAAAUGAACAAAAUGUUGAAAUUGAAUCUUUUAAUGAUAAUGAUUAUAAUGAUGGCCAACAAAGAAUAUUAUCAGCUAAUCUUGAAGAUUUUGGACAACAACAUAUUGAAGGUUUUGAUCAGCAACGUUUUGAAAAUAUUGAACAACAACAUCUUGAACAAGCAAAUCUCAAUAUAAGAAAUGAUGAAUAUAGUGGAAUGGCACAACCUCAUGAACCUUUUUCUGACAAAUAUACGGAAAAACAAGAAAUUGCCGUAGAAGCCCAACCAGUUGAACAACAAUCACCAGGUUUUUGGGGAAAAAUUAAGAAAAAAACUAAAGAUUUCUUUGGUUAAAAGCGAUUAAUCUUUAUUUUAAUUUAAAAUUAAUAAAAAUAUCUAAAUCUAAAUAUAUUUUAAGUUUAAUUUGGAAAAAUUUCAAUUCAUUCAUCAAUAAAUUAAAAUAUCGCAUAUAAUAAGCAUAACUAUGUGUAAAAUUUCUAUAAAGAAUUAAAAGGAAUGAAUUUUUAUUUUUUUUUUAUUAAUAAAAUAAAAUUAUUGUUAUACCAUACUUAAGAUUACAUGUUCAUUUCGCCAUUUUAACGUUAUAAAAUUAAAAUUAUUUAA